CGCGAGACAGCCGCCGCGAGCCAUGGAGUCCCGCCCCGAAGUGAUCUCCUACCGGAUGGCCAUCAACGCACUGCUCAUUGGAUGUACUCUUCUGCUACCACUGGUCGCAUCGCAGUCAUGCGGAGUCAGCCUCCUAAACGAGAAAAACAUCGAGAGGAUCGUGGGUGGACAGCCAGCUGAUCCUGGAGAGUGGCCGUGGCAGGUGUCACUUCGUAAAGUGGGCCGAGAUGGAAGAACGAGACACUUCUGCGGUGGCGCUCUCAUCAGCGACCAGUGGGUGGCUACCGCUGCGCAUUGCGUUGUAACGCAACUAGGUACGGUGAUCAGCCCCGCUAGGACCAUCAAGGUCCGUGUAGGAGAACAUGACCAGAACACUCUCGAUGGUCAAGAGAUUCAGGUGGACUCUCGACAGAUCUUCAAGUAUCACAGCUACCAGGGCUACAACAAUGACAUUGCCCUCAUUAAACUGGCCAAGCGUGUACGCCUCAGCAGUCGGGUGAAACCCAUCUGUCUUCCCAAUAGCGGAGAAGUUUUCGAAGGACAAAACUGUGUCUCUACUGGAUGGGGAGCCACUACUUCAGGAGGAGGAGCUCCCUCUUCGGUGCUGCGUGAAGUCAGCGUGCCAGUGUACUCGAACAACGUUUGCUCUGGACCGUAUGCCCGGAAGUUCCGCAUAACCAUCCAGAAUUGGCACCUAUGUGCCGGAGCUCUUGAAGGCGGCCGGGGAUCUUGCUACGGCGAUUCCGGAGGCCCCUUCCAAUGUAAGCGACCAGACGGCAGCUGGGUUCUGGCUGGCUUGGUAUCCUUCGGUUCUGGCUGUGCUCAUCGAGACUACCCCGAUGUCUACACUAGGGUGACACAGUUUCUCCCCUGGAUAAGUCAAACCAUGUCGGCCAGUCGUGGAUAAGACGACGCCUCAUCAUUUAAAGUGCCAAGAUGAACUUUUUCCUCGUGCUUCUACCAUGUCCGCGUGCUGCACCAGGCAGGAGUACUCAGCAUCGUUUCCAUAGUCAUUCGCUCGCUUGUUGACUGUCUUAGUCCUUUUUUUUUUUUUUUUGCUGAUUAUACUUUAUGGUGUAACGCACCAUGGGCAUUUAAGCCACCUCUACCCUGAAUGAUCUCUAAGAGUGAAUACGUCGUCAAUCAAGGUGCUUCUUGUACUUCUUCACCAGCUGUUGGUUAAAGACACUAUGAAUUUUCCCGAACACGGUUCUGCCUGUCCAGAAACUGGUACACCAGAAAAUUUUCUACCCACUGAAGUGG